AACCUGCCAAGCCAGUCCAAUAAAAUAUUCAAAUGAAAUUAACCAAACUUGCAGGAAGUUAAGUAAUUCUAAAAAUGAAAUUAUUAAAUGAAUUAUUGAUUUAAUUUUCGUAAACUUCUACCAUCUAAGUUGUCAAUUUAGUAAAUAGAUAAGUUUUAAGUUUAGAAAUUAAGAGGUUAUUAUAAUUUUUAAAGUUUAAACAUUCCAAUAAAAAUGGAAAACAAUCAAACAAUUGUCCCACCGCAUCUUAAUGCUGAAGUUUACAGAUCAGAUACAACUGGCACUAGUACAUUAUCCUAUUUGGAUUAUAUUCGACUUCAUCCAGACGGAACAAUAUUAAUUGGAUGUUCAGAAUUAACCGGACGUUAUUGGAAUGGCGGUGUCAACAUAAUUCAGUGUGAGGGUAAAGAUAAGAAAUUUGAUAAAACUGAAAAAAAGAACAUAAGCCUAACAAGUGGGACAGCAGAUGGGUGUUUUGUUGAGAAUUCUAACAAGGUAUUACUUUGUGAGGACAGUGGUGCUGUAAGUAUAUGGACUACCAGUGAUGAUGCAUGGAAGCAAUGGACUGAGGAGCUGUCAGUAGCUGAACAUGAUGAUGUGAUACUCUGCGUUGAUUGUUUGGAAUCUGGAAAGAAAUAUGUUACUGCUGGUGCAGAUGGUAAUGUGAAGGUUUGGGAUAUAUGUGAUUUGGUUUGUGUAAGAAAUUAUGACUCGGCUCACACAAUGGCUGUAAGCAAUGUCUCUGUCAGACCUAAAUCACACACCUUUGCAACUGGUUCAUUGGAUCAGUUUAUUAGUCUGUGGGAUGAAAAUAUAUUUCAACCUGUUUGUGACAUUGUCAAGAACAACUGCGGUAUUCGCUGUCUACAAUGGUUGGAUGAAAAUCGUUUGGUAUAUGGAGAUGAUGUGGGUGUAUUGAGCCUAGUAGAUAUCAGAAAGCCAGGAGAAGGAACCAAAUUAUCUGAAUUUCCAGCUGCUGUACAUCAAUUAGCUGUUAAAUCAGGUUCAAAUAAAGUGGCUGUAUGUUGUGACAAUAAAACAGUGACAGUGUAUGAAAUUACAUCAAAUAGCAAAAUUAAUAUGACAUAUAAGAACGGAAAGUUGCAUAAUGGAUUUGUAAGAGGCUUGUCAUGGGAUGUAAGGGAUGAAGAUGUUUUGUAUUCUGUAGGAUGGGAUGGUGAACUAUGUAAGCACAAUGUUAAUGAAAAACGUAUAAAAGAAGAUUCUUAGUGUAUAUUUUUCCAAUAAAUGCAAUAAGUUUAA